UCGGUAUUACGCUCCCUCUGUUACUGUGUGCGGGCAUCCCUUGCUCGCCCUGAAGCAUCGCCGUUUGCGCGCAUGUGGCGCUCGGUCGUCCCGCCGAAUGACAAGCCGCGGCGCAACGGCAAGCGAGCUGCCCGAGCGUCAGUUGUCGCUGCGACAAGUGAGAGAGCACACCGAUGCUGACAGAGCUGAUGAUACGCUACUAUUUCGAAAUCCCACGGGCAGUCGAAUUCAAGUUUAACUCAAGAUGUACAUGUACACUUAGUUUGUUUUAAUUGCUGCGAGGAAAAAUAUAUAAUUUUCACUUUCCACUUUGAAUCGUGAGGUGUUUUGCUACUUUGUGGACUAUUUAUUUAAGUGUUUCAAGUGAAUAAAUUCUUGCCGCUCCAAUGACGGAUGGAUAAUUAAAGUUGUUAAGAAUUGUAAAGAAGCAACAAUGUAUUGUGACUCAAGGGCGGCGACCCCGCCGUAAACUCCCAGUAACAUAAGUUAAUGUUGAUAGAUUCUAAUAAAAAUUAAAGGAAAAAAGAAUCAUGAAUGAUUCGUACGAAAUCUUCAACGAGUCGUUCGUGAACGACAACACGACAAUAACGGCAGUAGCAAUUGCUGGUGAUGUGAAUGUGCAUCACACUAUUUACAAAUUAUACGGCCCAGUUCGAGAUCCACUUUACGUGGUGAUCCCGAUCAGCAUAAUCUACGCGUCGAUAUUCGUUACGGGAAUAGUUGGCAACAUCAGUACCUGCAUCGUCAUCGCGCGCAACAAGUCAAUGCACACCGCGACCAAUUAUUACCUGUUCAGCUUGGCAGUCUCCGACCUGUUGCUCCUAGUGCUCGGUAUACCACCUGAAAUCUAUAUGGUUUGGUACAAGUAUCCAUAUGUUUUCGGUGAGACGUUUUGCGUGGCUAGAGGUUUCGCGGCUGAGACCUCGACUAACGCCUCGAUAUUAACAAUCACGGCUUUCACAGCCGAACGAUACGUUGCCAUUUGCCAUCCGUUCCUUUCGCAGACAAUGUCCAAGCUUUCACGCGCGAUUAAGCUGAUAUUGUUGAUAUGGGUGAUAGCACUGAUAUGCGCGGUACCUCAGGCUGCGCAAAUUGGUAUUGUGCCGUACGGGGAGAGAGACGAUGAAGUGAUGUGCGUGUUUAAACCGAUAAACAUGAAAAACUGGUAUGAAUCGAUGAGGGUGAUCAUGGAACAUUCUUUCGAAAUGUCCACUUUUUUAUUUUUUAUUGUGCCAAUGGGAAUCAUCAUGGUGUUGUACAUACUGAUUGGUAUGAAAUUAAAGAAAUCGACUCUCAUGAAGAGGAGUAGUCAACAAACGUUUAGAAGAUCCGAAAGUACCAGGGUCAAGGUUGGCGGCUCCAGAAUGAAUAGGCACUGCAGGCGGCAUAACAGAUCUACGUCGAGGGUCGUCCGUAUGCUGGUCGCUGUGGUCGUGGCAUUCUUCAUCUGCUGGGCUCCAUUCCACAUGCAACGACUAAUUGCCAUCUAUGGAAAGAGAGAGCAUCAUGUACCUGGUGGCAGCAAUUGGUUUGAGAAGCUCUAUGUCAUUUUCACAUAUGUCUCGGGGGUGCUUUACUACUUUUCGACAACGAUCAAUCCAAUCUUGUACCACAUUAUGUCGAAUAAAUUUCGGGAAGCUUUCAUGGAGACAUUAGCGAAAAGCUGCAGAUUGUCGAGGCUUGUGGUACCGCACGAGAGACGCUCAUACUCGUCAUUGUCGCGCUCCCAACCACGGCAUCCCGGCAACUAUCCAUCGAAAACCACUGGGAUCAGCAAUGCUACUGGUUUAGCACAGGAUAGUACCGACUGCUCUGGAAAUUCAUUCCGAGAAGAGACGCAAGCAAACGGUGCUGUGGUGGAUUACUCUACCUCGGAGUCAGCGCCGAUUUAUGGUAGACGUGGUGUACUCACUAUCGAUGUCGAUGAUAGUGGUCCUCAGUCAAUUGUACCAUUUCAAUCGAAAGGAUGCUCAGGACCCUUGAUGACGCAUUUCAUCGAUUUACCACAGGCUCGAAACGAACUUGCUAGAGAAUUGCCGUCGCCUGGCUACGAGCAGUGCAUCCGGAUGCAAGGUUCAUCCGGACGAACGGUGCAGCAUUGCAACGUUAUCAAUUGCCGAAGUAAUACAAACUCAAAGAAGAGAUGGUGGCGUUUACUGGACUGGUUGCCAGGUCUCAAGAACUUGCGAACGUCACGACUUGUGAAUCGAUCCAGUCAGAACAUAAUUGUCGAUAUACCUAAACCACAAGACGAUUGCUUUUUGCAACUGCAUACCUUUGGUAUCAAGGACGAUAGCUGUAGACCCGUAUGAUGGAGGCAGAAUCUCGCUUCGUCCUGGCCAUCGAUCAACGAAACAACUGCCACCUGAUCCACGACUUCGUUAAAAGUUCUAUACGAUUGAAAACGUGGCUCAACGAAAAUUAUUACUAUCAUCGCCACAUGAUCUUUUCAUAUUUCGAUAUCCGGUUGAUUUCCUAUGUUUGAGCGAAUAAUAUUUACUUGACGCUUCAAAGUAGCUAAAAUUUCAGUCAGACUUGUCGUGUUUAUAAUGUAAGAUUCCUUUAUUAUUCAUCAAAACUUUGAAUGACUGAAAAAACUUUUCUAUAUCUUAAUUUGUACCUUUAAGUUUUUUUCAUCGGCUAAACAUUUUUAAUCGCCACAAUCACUGUUGGUUUUUAUUGUGUUCGAUUAGAUAUACUUGUAAAUAAAUAUUUAGAUCACCAAUUUUCCAGAGAUGAAGAAUGACAAUAAGCUUUUUUUAAGAUCAUACGAACGGAGGAAUUAAAAUUGUUCCUUGCUUAUAUUUUGAAUUGCCGUAUUAUGCUAGUCGAUUAAUAUGUUUCAAUUACCAAUGAUUGCUUCAUUUAUUUCAAAGAAAGUAGAAUGUUUAUGCUUUAUCUUUAUAUAACUGGUAGUUCAUAAAGUUCAAGUUGAUAAAAAAACUAUGCGUAUUUCGUAAAUAAAUCAAUAUUUAUUGAAUUAGUAUAUUUCGAUACUAGCGCGAGAGAGUAAUUUCAGUCUCGUGCGGACAUUUGCGCUCGAACGAUGAGAGGACGGAAAGGCUACACGAGCCUGAAAUUACCUUUCGACAAACCGUGCGUAGAGACUCGACUUUACGUACGCUAAAAGAAUCGAGCAUGCUGAAAAUCUCGUCCUACUCACGUCGUAUUAAAACCUAAAGUUAGAUACAUAUGCGUGGAUAGUACAUUUCGCGUGCAUAAAGUUGAGUCUCCGCGCACGGAGUGUCGAAAGAUAUUUUGAACCCAUUCAAAAUACUACAAAGUUUUCGAAUUUAACAUAUGUAUAAUUGUUCUAUACGAUAUUGAACGUGUACAUACAAGGAUAAGAAAAAAUAAUUUGUUUUAAAUUUUUACAUCUAAAAUUGUUUACUGUUUAAAUGAAAAUAAGCUUGAAUAAUAAUAUAAUACAUCAAUGAUGUACAAACGUGUGAAAAGAUCUUAAAUGGAAGUUACUUUUUUAUAAAGAGAAAUCACUACGUAUUUUCUGGAAUAAAAUAAUUUUUCAUAUACUAAAUGACUGUCUCAAAAGACAAAAAACAAUUGCAAGACGAACCACAAUCAAAAUUGAAUUUACGUAUUCACCACCAAUUCAACUUUCAUAUCGCAUUGUUUAAUACAAAUUCAAUAAAGGUAUAAACUGGUGCAUCGCAAGAAUGUUGCAUGAAUACGAAAUAACUGAUUUUAAAACUGUGAUAUUUUCUGUUACACUACUAGUAUGUAAGCUAUAAAAAAACGAUGUGUUGAAAAGUGUUAAAAAUUCUAACUUUUAUCGUACAGUUACAUGUAUAAUAAUAUAAGUAAAAGACACAGCGUAAAUCAAUAUAUUUUAUCUUUAGAUUUUACGAAUAAAAUAUGUUAUCAUUAUUAUAACAGGA